CACAAAAAUUUUGUUUGCAAAUUACCUAACCUCAAAAAUUGACAACCCCAACGUCCCAAACAAAAAAAAUUGUGUUCAUUCAGAAUAUUUUCAAAAUAAUAAGGAUCAAUUAUGCAAAGAGAGCGGAGAGGCAACGCUGGGAAUCGAUUAUCAAAACUUUUAGACGAAGAAGAGGAAUGCCAAGAUGAGUUUUAUAAAACCAGCUAUGGAGGUUUCCUAGAUAGCGAAUCAGACAGAGAAUAUGAAGCCGAAGAAGAAGGUGAAGAUAUUGUAGACUCAGAUUUCAGUAUAGAUGAAAACGAUGAACCUGUAUCAGAUAAUGAAGAGGAAGGUUCUAAGAAGAAGCGAAGAUUAGUUACCAAAGCUUAUAAGGAACCUGUUGCAUCUCAAAGUAAACCAAAAGUUGUCAAACCCAUAUCAGCUAAGCCUAAAAUUUCACUGCCUUCUAGUGAUUACUAUGAGAGGAAAUCCAUAAGAAAAUCUACAGCAGCCAAGUCUGCAGCUACAUUACAAAGACUGAAAGUACGGUCUCUUGAAUCUCAGAAAAAACCAAGGAGAACAAGAGAAGAUAACUGGAUUCCUACCCAGGAGGAAUUGUUAGAGGAGGCCAAAAUAACUGAAAUAGAAAAUCUCAAAUCACUUGAGAAAUAUCAGAAACUAGAGAGUGAAAAAAAAACAAGAAGAUCAACUAAAAAAAUUACUAAUGGACCUGUAAUUCAGUAUAGAUCAUUAAAAAUGCCACUGAUUGAGGAGUUAGAUAUAGAGAAUGGUGAGGUAAAAAGUGAAAAACAAAAUUUGGAAACGUACUACGAAAGAUCAUUUUUAACCUUUCUGAAUGAUCCCAAUGAUGACGUGUUUAAAAAAUACUUCAAAGUGAAAAAACCCCUGAAAAGAUUGAAGAAUGUAAGAUGUACAGUGACAGGGCAAAUGGCAAAGUAUAUAGAUCCUGUAACAUGUGUCCCAUACUCAAAUGCCGCCAGUUACAAACUGAUUAGAGCAGCUUAUUACCAGCAACUUGAAGCCCAUGGGGAUAAAAAUAAUGAAAUAGUGGCUAAUUGGCUCAAGUGGUAUACUAAGAACAAAAAUAGCCUCAAAACUGAUCUAAUAAGGAAGCUUACAACAUAGUUAAAUUUGUAAAUUUUUAUUUUUGUUAAUUAUAGUUUAAAUAAAUAUUUUGUAUAUUUUAA